AUGGGACAACGAGUACGAGAAAGCAUUUCAGGACCUGAAGUAGUACCUAACAUCACCUCCAUUACUAUCCAAGCCGGAAGCAGCAGAGAACUUAUACAUCUAUCUGGCAGUAUUAAAAGUAGCAGUGAGCUCUACUCUCAUAUGAGAAGAGCUGGGGGGCCAACUGCCUUGUGGAAGCUUAGACCCUACUUUCAAGGGCAAUUGGUCAUCGUCAUGACCCAGUACCCAUUGCAAUCAGUUUUGCAUAAUCCAGAUGGUUCUCAACAAGGCAAUGGGCAAGUUGAGGCUUCGAAUAAGACCAUCCUCGAUUGCCUUAAAAAGUUCUUUUCAGACAAGAAUGACAAGUGGCUAGAUGAGUUCCCCAAUUUUCUAUGGGCAUAUCGCACCAUUAAGAGACGAGCAACUGGCGAAACUCCAUUCUCCAUAGUGUAUGGCUCUGAGGCAAUUAUUCCUCCCAACGUCAUGGUGCCAAGCAUCAGUAUUGUACUACUAAAUUUGGAGCAGGACGAGAAUGAGAUGGCCACAAACUUAGGCUUGGUAGAGGAAGAGCGAGAGAAGGUUAUUACUCGCAUUAUUGCUUAUCAGCAGCAGCUCCUCUUUAGCUACAACAAAAGGGCAAAAACCCCGUAG